AUGCUUUCAGGUCUGGAGAUUGUGGACCCAGGGCAAGUCAUCUACAGAGAGUCCAGGACCAAUGGAGUGGUGGACAAAGGAGUGAUCCUGGAAUGUGGCCCCACUCUCCCUGAUAUCUACAUCUGGAGCUUUACCAAACCAGGAACCGAGACGAUUCGAGCCGUAGUGUAUAACUUUGGGAAGGGUCCAAAACUCCAGCAACUGGCCAAAGAUUUGGGUGACCUGAACGUCAUCAGUAACAGCGCCUCUCUAUCCAUAGUGAAGCUUCCUCUAGCAGCAGAGGGCUUAUACACCUGCCAGGCUCUGUAUGACACCACAGAUGGAGCCAAGCUUUACUAUUACUAUGUGUAUCUGCGUGUUUUAGUGCCUGUGUCCAAACCCUACAUCUUGUUGAGUGACUCCUCGCCAGUAGAGGGUGUAUCAGUGUGGAUGCGCUGUGGUCUGGAGAAUGGCACAGGUCCAAUUCACUAUGUUUGGGAACAGGAGAACCAUAGUGGGCAGGUCAGCAUACUGGCUGAGAGCGACAGCGAUCUGAUCAACAUCACCUCAGUAAGCCGCAAUCAAACAGGCUGGUUCAGGUGCCUGGCCAGGAACGAGGUCAAUCAGCAGAGUGGUGACCGUAUCUGGUUAGACGUCAUAUUUGGACCAGAUCUGCCUCAGAUUGAUGUAACACCCUAUUCAGUAACAGAUCGAGGAUACUCAGCUCUGGAGAGAGAGACUGUUUCCCUCCUAUGUCAAGCUUCCUCCAACCCUCCCAGUCUGUAUGUCUGGUUCUACAAUAACUCCCAGGUGUACACCGGACCACAGCUCACCAUCACCAAAAUCCUACGAAUGCACACAGGCUACUAUGCCUGUCUGGCCCAGAACACUUACCUGAACACUCGUUCCAAGAAAACCAUCACUCUCACCGUCUACUGUGAGUCUUCUACUGUCAUGACUCAUAUGGAUCGUAUGGCCAUUUCCUGUGUCCAUGCAACCUCUUCUGGUCAACCUCUAGUGUGGUCUUAUCUGAACUUUACUUGUCUAUCAUUCAUACCUUUGCUUCCUAUUAUACUUUCCCUUAUACCCAUGUAUACACAUACACACACUGUUCGAUGUCCACUGACUGGGGAUGUGCAGCAAAAUAUUGUUCUCUGUCUACAACAAGCGUCUGGAUAUCCACCAGAUGGUGUGCCAUCUUGUUCUAUCUUCCCAACUAAUAACUACAAUGACUUAGCGCUCAUCUGUUCCUGGGAGGGGGGUUACCCUCCAGCUACCCUCAACUGGAGUCCAUAUGUGAAUGGAGACAACUCACAAGGUGUCUCUAACAUCACUCGGAUUCAGUUAGGGCCUGAGACGGCUAACAACUCUGCAUUCACCUGCUAUGGUUCACAUGUGGCACUUAGUUUCCCACAGCGCUGCAGCACCAAGACAUGGCUGCCGAAUGAAGAACCCCAGUGUUCUGCAUAUGCGACUCGUAAUAAUGAGUACCUGAUGCUGUCCUGCUCUUGGGAGGGUGGUUUCCCUCGGGCUCUGCUGUGGUGGGCUUCUAGUUCAGGAGAUAUGCAAGGAACAUCUGAGGAGAACUCCAAUAUUCUGGUCCUGCGCUCCAGUGCCACCUACAGCGGCAAAGCAUUUGUUUGCCAUGCCAAACAUCCACUGGUUAAAGAGAGCAAGCAGUGUGUGUUAAAAUUGGAAGCUCCAGUGUUAAUGACUCAGCGCAGUGUUGUUUCAGUGUAUGAAGGAAAUGAUGUCCAGCUCACCUGCAUCCUGAGCAAAAACUAUCCUGCGGUCACAGAGAUUACUUGGUACAAUAAUAUGAAACAAAAGGUGGGUGACAGUGGCACACCCAAGAAGUAUGUUCUUCAGCAAGCUGCUGCCUGGUCCAACCUGACUGUCCGGGAAACAGAUGGCAUGGUGGAUGGUGGAGAGUACUGGUGUUCUGCUACCAAUGCUGUUGGAGGAGCAGAGAUUCCCAUCUUACUAGUGGUGCUUAGGUACCCAAUGCCUCCAAAUGUCACCAUCAUUAAGAUUAUGUACAGCAGUCGUCAACGGACAGAUGUUAAUGUGGAAUGGCAGAUCCUGUCAGAUGAUGACUUUACUGGGUUCUUCAUAGAGCGCCAAAAUCUCCCAUUCCCACUCUGGCAAAAAAUGGUAGGAGAUCUGGACCCCAGCAUCCGAAGCUUCCAAAUCACCAACCUGGAUCCCUCUGGCACAUAUGCGUUCCGAAUCACGGCUGUCAAUCGCCGCACUAUUGGACAUCCCUCAGAGGUCAAGAGUCCAGCUCUUCCAGGCUUUAAUGCUUAUCCCGCCGUUAUUGGAGCAGCUAUUGGAGGCAUGCUUGUGGCGACGAUAGCUACAGUACUGCUGUUCAUGUAUGUGGUGAGAAAUCGCAGCAACAACCCACGACUUCAUGAUUUGAUAUUUGGCAGGCAAAACAGCCAGUCUAGAGAAAAUAUCAACUCUCCUGAGGAUGAAGUUGUUAGUGGAUCAGAUGCAGAUGGAGGAGGAGAGACAAGUCAAGGACCAUCUGUGGUGCUGCCACGACCCACCGCAACACCCACAAAUCUCCCCCCAGGAGAUGAACCCGUCAAUGUCACCAUCACUGUCAUGGCCUCGAGCUAGAUCCACCAUGCAAACUGAAAGUUUUUAUUUGAUAUAGAAAUAAACGAAGUAAAAUGGAAGAAAAAAAAAAACCUACCUGGAGGAUUUAUGAUGUUGGCAAAGACAAGACACACAUGCACUGUUAUAUCUAUAUAUGGUGCUUGAAAGUUUGUGAACCCUUUAGAAUUUUCAAUAUUUCUUCAUAAAUAUGACCUAAAACAUCAUCAGAUUUUCACGAGUCCUAAAAGUAGAUAAAGAGAACCCAAGUUAACAAAUGAGAUAAAACUAUUAUAUGUGGUCAUUUAUUUAUUAAGGAAAAUGAUCCAAUAUUGCACAUCAGUGAGUGGCAAAAGAAUGUGAACCUCACUCACACUUGAUUGAAAACACUGUAAAAGACUGUAAUUUCACCUUAAAAUUAAACUGCUAAUCCUAGAGCUUCACCCACUUUUUAAUUAUAAUUUUCACACACUUUUUCAGAUAAUUUUGUAAAAUCCCAAAUAAGCUUUACUGGAAAGGGUUUAAACAAUGUUUUUCACGCUUGUUCAAUGAACUAUAAACAAUUAUUGCACAUGCACCUGUGGAACAGUCCUUAAGACACUAACAGUUUACAGGCGCUAGGCGAUUAAGGUCACAGUUACAGUAAUUUAGGACACUAAAGAGAACUUUCAACGGAUUCUGAAAAAUACCAUAAGAAAGAAGCCUAGGGUUCCUGCUCACCUGCGUGAACAUGCCAUAGGCCUGCUGCAGGGAAGCAUGAGGACUGCAGAUGUGGCCAGAACAAUAAACUGCAAUGUCUGUAAUGUAAGACGCCUAAGACAGUGCUACAGGGAGACAGGAAGGACAGCUGAUCGUCCUUGCUGUGGAAAAUUACAUGUAACCAUGUGUCCCCCCCAGACGUGAUUGAGAACUUGCAGAUGCCUUGGUGGAAGAGUGGAGUAACAUCUCACAGCAAGAACUGACAAAUCUGGUGCAGUCCAUGAGGAUGAGAUGCACUGUUGUACACCACAUACUGACUGUUACUUUUGAUAUUGAGCCCCCCCCCCCCUUUGUUCAGGGACUCAUUAGUCUAUUUCUGUUCAUCAAAUGCCUGUGAAACUUGUUCAGUUUAUGUCUCAGUUGUUGAAUCUUUUUAUGUUAA